AUGGCUUCCCUGCCGCUGCCUGGAGGCCCGGCCAUUCCUCAUGGGGGGCCUAACGGACCUCAGGUGGCGGGAGUGGGCCACCCCCGAUUUACUGAGGAUUCGCUGAAGGUACUGACAGCUCCCAGAACCAGCCAGACACUCCCAGAAAGGGGCUGUGGCAGCCCUGGGCCCGCGGGUCCCCCCGUGCAGCCUGGGGCUGGGACUGCCCCUUCCCCGGACACCAGCUCCUGGAACGUGCCGGGCCCUCUACAGCCAACGCCUGCUCCGGAGCCCCCAGGAUCCACGUCGUCCCUCCUUCCUAAGGGAGUGGACCUGUCCCCGGUCCUGACCCAAAGCCUACCCGCUGUGAGGACCAGGGCUGAGCCUCCCAGGCCAUGCAUGGUGGGGACCGAGGCCCUGGCUGCACUGCUUUUGCUCCCAGCCCCGCCUGAGCCCCGGACUCGAGGGCAUGUGGACCCCUCGUCCUCUGUGGAGAUGGGGGCACUGACGCCUGCUCCCCAGGGCCAGGUGCCGUCCCUGUCCCCCUGCCUCGGCAAACAGCUGCCACCAGGGGGCCUGGGGGCCUCGAAUGGACCCUGGCCAAAAGGACUGGGUGGGGGGCACCCUUGAGCCGCGGCACUGUCUCCCGUCCUUGGCGCCACAGGGGAGCCUGCCCCCCAACCUGCAGCGUCUGGACACACGGGCAGCCUUUGGGGGCCACGCGUCCCAACUGCCUUGGGAUGGACUCAUGGGACUUAGAGCAGCGUGGGGACAGGGCGGCCAGAGGAGGAUGGGUGCCUCCAGGGGCCCCCUGAGCCCUGCCCACUGACCAGCGGAGGCCACCGCUUUCAGCCCCGCCCUCAGACCAAGGCUCCGCCCACUCCCUCGCCGCACGGCCCCUCCCGAGCUCCAGGCCCCGGUCAGCCUCUGCCAGCCACUGAGGCAUGUGGAAACCACCAGCCCACCCCCCACACCUGCCUGCCCCCAGGAGGCCAGCAGAGGAUAAGACCACCCCCCCCAGCCCCCAAACACACACAGAGCUCCUGAGUCAGACUCUGUCUGGAGCUGGGCUGCCCCAGGAGGGAGCGCCUGCCAGAGCGUCCCACACCCCCUUCUCCUCAGCCUCAAAGUUUUCGGGGCCAGGGGGCCCCACCCAGAGUGUCUCCCAAGAGGCUAGAGGGAACAACACCCUUACCAGAAGGCACGUGGGAAAGCCUGGCGUGCGAGCUGCUCCACCCCAGUUUGGGGGUGGCCUCCUCAAGGGCCUUCGGAGGCACUGGGCCCUGCCACCUCAGGGCUCCGAACCCAAAGGCAGAGGCCCAGCCUCCUGCAGCAGCAGCGAGGGCCAGAGCAGGGUCACCUGGAAGACCCUGACCUCAGCGGCUGCCCUGGAAGCUUCUGGUUCAGCUCCUGGCUCCCCAAAACAGCAAGGCGCCUCACCCCUUCUCGGGUGCAAGGCUCCAUGCUCACCGGAGCAGUCUGCCCACGCGAACCUGGCCCAGACCUCAACGGUGGCCCCCUAGGGAGGGGCCCCAGGGAGCAGGGCCAACUCCCCGUGGCCCAGGAAGUGAGGAAGUUGAGGGGUUGGCGACUUCUCCACGGUGGGGGCGGGGCGCACAGCUCACACCGCAGCGGGCUGCUUAGAGUUUAUUUUCCACUUGGUUCAAGGCACAGAGGUAUGGGGUGUCAGGAGAGCUCUCAUGCGGCCUGGAUAGUAAAGAGUGGAGUUCUCUCAAUCUCCUUUUUGGUGUUUUGCUGUUUGGAUAUUAAAAAAACCCAACUGCU